AUGUUCGUGAUCCCCUUGAUGGCUUUAAUUGGUCUUUACAUAGGAACGUUCUGCACUAUAUCCAGAAAAGAAGCUAUAUUCACAGAAACUGGUGCUGGUUCUGUGAUGGAUAACGUUCGCAGCAACGUUAUACGUAAGGCCAAGAUGAAGGCUUUACAAAUAACAGUUGUCAUUGUUUUGACAUUCAUCGUCUUCUGGAUUCCCUACUACAUGAUGAUGGUGAUCUUAAUCUUCAUUAAACCAGAUGAAGUAUUGAGCAAUGAACUAAAAGUGGGGAUUUUCUUUUUUGGCAGUUCCACAGCCAUGGUGAAUCCUUUGAUCUACGGAUUUUUUCACCUUCGAAAACGAUCACUAAAUUCCCAUCAAAUCAGCAACAGUGCUGGGUCCUUUCGGUUGUCGAAUAUUAUGACAAUUUCAAUAAAAAACAAGAGUCAGAAUCGAUUUGAAGUAAGAGAGAAGUAA